GCUUAUCACAGCGGGACGGGCGCUUUCUAUUUCAGAGUCCAAAGGUCUGGCUGGCGAAGCACCUCAGAAGCGCCCAGUUCACGCCCUGCUGGGCAAAGGGAAAGCCAGAGGAGGCUUCCAUGUCUGGAACCACCAGGUGACAGGACAGGAAGCUCUGCUCAGGGGAGCAGCCACCAUUACCUACUUAGGAAGCCGGAGGCUCGAACAACAGCUCCUGGAAAAAAAUCCCACGUUCCCUGGGACACAAGCCCCAAGGAUGAGCCUGCUCACGCUGCUGGUGUUCCUGGCCCACUGGGGAGUCGCCAGGGCUGGAGCGGGGAGGUUCUGGCACAUCUCGGACCUGCACCUUGACCCUGACUACAAGGUGUCCACAGACCCCCUCCAGGUAUGCCCGUCAGCUGGCUCCCAGCCGGUGCACAACGCAGGCCCCUGGGGUGACUACCUCUGCGAUGCUCCCUGGGCCCUCAUCAACUCCUCCGUCUACGCCAUGAAGGAGAUCGAGCCCGAGCCAGACUUCAUCGUCUGGACGGGGGAUGACACCCCUCACGUGCCAGACGAGAGGCUGGGAGAGGCGGCGGUGCUGGGCAUGGUGGAACGCCUGACCCAGCUCAUCAGAGGGGUCUUUCCAGACACCAAAGUAUACGCUGCUUUGGGAAAUCACGACUUUCACCCCAAAAACCAGUUCCCCGCGGGGAGCAACGCUAUCUACGAUCAGAUAGCGGAACUGUGGAGACCCUGGCUCAACAACGAAUCCAUCGCUCGCUUUAAAGAAGGCGCGUUCUAUUCUGAGAAGCUGCCGGGGACCGCGGGGCGCAUCGUGGUCCUCAACACCAACCUGUACUACGCCAACAACGAGCAGACGGCCGGCCUGGCCGACCCUGCCCAGCAGUUCCAGUGGCUGGAAGACGAGCUGAGCCACGCGUCCAGCGCUGGGGAGAUGGUGUACAUCCUCGGCCACGUGCCCCCGGGGUUCUUCGAGAAGAAAAUGCACAAGAUGUGGUUCCGGGAGGGAUUCAACGAGAGGUACCUGCAGGUGGUCCAGAGGCAUCACCGCGUCAUCGCGGGGCAGUUCUUCGGGCACCACCACCUGGACAGCUUUCGGAUGUUCUACGACGAUGCAGGCGCCCCCAUCAGCGUCCUGUUCCUCACCCCGGGGGUCAGCCCGUGGAAAACCACGUUACCCGGCGUGGUGAACGGGGCCAACAACCCGGGCAUCCGGCUGUUCGAAUACGACCGGGCCACGCUGAGCCUGAGGGACGCGAUGACUUAUUUCCUGAACCUGAGCCAGGCGAACGCUGCGCAGGGGACGGCGCGCUGGGAGCUGGAGUACCAGCUGACCCGGGCCUACGCGGUGCCCGAUGCGGGCGCCCGCUCCAUGCACCAAGCGCUGGGCCGCAUCGCCGGCGACCUGGGCGCGCUGCAGCGCUACUACGUGUACAACUCGGUCAGCUACGACACGCGGGCCUGCGACCAGGGGUGCCGCGCCGAGCACGUGUGUGCCAUGCGCGCGGUGGCCUCGGACGCGUAUGCCGCCUGCCUGCGCGCCCCCGCCGCCGCGCCCGCGCCCGGGCUCCUGCUCCCGCUGCUGCUGGCGGCGCAGCUCGGCCUGAGCGCAUGGCUCGCCUGGUGACCCGGGUGCCGCAUGGUGACCGGGGUGCCGCCUGCUGCUGGAUCUCUGGGUUUGCCUUCCCCAAGCUGGGUCCAUUGGGGCCAGCUGUCACCCACUGAGGGCUGGACUUUUUCAUUUUCCCGGCGUUCGCAGGUGAACGGGGAUGGGCAGCCAGAUCGGGAAAGAAGCUCAGAGACCCUUCUACCACAAGCCCAGUUCUUUCAAGUUUUACGUUUUAUAUGUAUUUAGAAAGCUCACGAUGGAUCUUA